AUGACCGAGUAUCUACCCCUUCUGGAAUAUGAAGUCACCGAGGACGGUGGAUACGAUUACGAGGAGUUGCAAGACGGAAUGACUAACUAUACCGAAAAGAAGAAAAAGAAUUCGGUCUUCAAGAGAAUCCGCGGGUUCUUCAAGAAAAACAAGAAAGACUAUCAACCAAUGAAAUCAGUUCGAAGUGGAGAGAGUGCCACCGAUUUUGGAAUAGUAGCGUUCGAUGAUAUUGAUAUGAAUCCUGCACUCGACUUGGUCAACCAUGCACCAGUCAAACCGAUGAAUAAGUCGAACUCCACUAGUUCUACGGCUAGCUAUUCAGCACGUCCGCGUCUUACUCGUCAGAAUGCAGUGACCAAUUCCACCCAAGACGCCGAGUUCCGCACUACUCACUCUGCUGGAUCCAAGGAUGCUGUCAAGCAAGGAAUCCAGAACAAAGCUUACUCCUCAGAAAAGUUCAAAUCUACUGAUGAUAUCAAGAAAGGAAACUAA